AUGUCGGGACCCCUCUACCUUCACUGGCCCACGGGCCCGCGCGGAGUACCCGACUCCAGCUCCACCCUGGUGUGCGCCCGGAUGCACCCAUGGCUGGCCAGGGAGGAGUGGCAGGACUUUCUUUGCACCCUGUUCUUGCGCAAGCAGAACCGGGAGUUGCAACAGGAGCCGGGGCGCCAGACCCGAGUCCGCUUGCCUCACCUGGCCGGCUGGCGCGCAGCCGCCAUCCAAAGCACGGGAGGGCUACGGCGUCUCAGCGCCUGGUCCUUCGCCCUGGGGCGCCCGAGGUCCCCGCGGGUGCCAUCCAGAACACCAGGUGGAUGGGCCGAGGUGGUGUUGGGCCGGCUAAGCUUCCGGGCCGCCGUGGUGCUGGACGACGCUGGCGAAGGCCGCGCUUGUGCCUCCCAAGCACUGCAAGUUGGAGCGGCAGCCUGCGGUGGCAAACUUUGGGCCGGCUUGACCUUGGCGCUGCUCCAGGACCAGGCUGUACCGACAGCCUCGCAUGCGGACCGUGUGUGGGUGGAGAUCUUCGGCCGCGGGUUCUCGUUUUCAUCUUUGCGGACGGCCCUUGAUCUGCCAGGGUUCAGCAGCAUCUUCUUGUUCUCUUUGGUGUCCUCUACUGGCGCAUGGGCGCGGGCGCAGGCGCUGCACCCCGCGGCCAACGCCAUGGGCUCGUUCAUUGCGCCCUCGGAGAGCCACGCGCGAGGCAUCGCCCUGCCGUGGGCCGUCGACUCAGCAGAGGUGCUGGACGCCCGACUGCUCCGGGCGCUGAUUGGGGGCCGCCGUGUGGAGCUUGUGGCUGUCUACGCCAGAGAAGCAGAUUCUGGCUCGGUCCGGCAGAUGGUUGAGCUCAGCGUUCACAUUGCGACUCGCAGAACUGUGUUGUGCCUCAUGGGGGAGGAGGCCAUGCACGAGUUCGCAUCCCUGCUUGUGGAGCUGGGCUUCGAGGAGGUUCCAGCUCCUCCUGUUCUUGCUGCCGACGCCUCCGGGUGCUUCCGGGGCCAAAGGGCAUCCAGCAAGAGUCUCGCACCUUCCACAGUGCGCGCGAAUUCGUUGAGACGACUUGGCCUCCACCUACAGGGCAGCCUUCCUGUGGCCCGGCUGUCCGGUGGCAGCUUGAGCAUCCCAGCGCCGAGGAUCUGGAUCGAAGUGGGCUGUAACAACUGGGAGAUGUUGCUGGACAGCCUUCCCAAGGAUGGCUCGGUGUGGCUGCUGACCUUGGAGCCUUUGGUGGACAAGUUCGCCUUCAUCCAGAGCCUCCGAAGGCCGCAUCACCUGGUGCUACCCUUUGCAGUGGCCCCAAAGGCCAUGGGACACUUCUCGGCCAUCCGGUCCCAGAACUACAGCGACUUCAGGGGGCGGCCAGGUGCACGUUUUCAGGAGAGCGGUGCCAGCUCUCUCUUAAGCUACGCCUCGGGCUUCCGGGACCACCAGUGGGAGGGCGCCGCGGCGCAGUAUGCGAACUUCCGGGAGUACCUGGUUCCGACGGUGACCCUGGAGUGGAUUCUGGGCGUUCUUCUCGGCGGCCGUGAGGUCGAGUUCCUGAAGCUAGGAUGCCCAAUAGUGCCCUUCUUCCCUUUUUGGGGGGGUUUAGGUUCCCUUACAAACCCCUUUACACAAAAAAGGGUACCCUUGUUAAUCCUGGGUUACUGA